GUCGAGCCGAGCGCCGCCGGCCGCCCAGGGGCGUGGCCACGGGCCGGAGGCGGGUCUUCCGGCGGAAGCUCGGGCGCAGUGGGUCGCGGUGGGUGCGUGAGCGUGGACAUGGCCUGCGCCGCCGCGCGGUCGCCGGCCGACCAGGACAGGUUCAUCUGCAUCUACCCGGCCUACCUGAACAACAAGAAGACCAUCGCCGAGGGCCGGCGCAUCCCCCUCAGUAAGGCUGUUGAGAACCCCACGGCCACCGAGAUUCAGGAUGUGUGCUCAGCAGUCGGACUGAACGUGUUUCUUGAGAAAAAUAAAAUGUAUUCUCGAGAGUGGAACCGUGAUGUUCAGUACCGCGGCCGUGUCCGGGUGCAGCUCAAGCAGGAGGAUGGCAGCCUCUGCCUGGGACAGUUCCCCUCACGUAAGUCGGUAAUGUUGUAUGCAGCAGAGAUGAUACCCAAACUGAAAACAAGGACGCAGAAGGCGGGAGGUGGUGACCCCAGUGUCCAGCAAGGAGAUGGAGGCAAAAAAGGCAGAGGGAAGAAGAAGAAGUGACAGAGCUGAGGGCCGAGGGCCGUGGACGGACGCCACUGCUGGGUCACUUCCGGACCCGGGCGUCCCUGCUGCAUCCUCAUCCUCACUCGAGUGCAGUGGACGCACGCCACGCGUCU